GAAACUGGGAACAGAAAAACAAACACAAAUGGCAACACAACCACAAUGGAUGAUGAGCGCACCACCACAACCGCAACAGCAACCGCAGCCACAACCGCAAUAUGCAUACGGAGCACCACCGCCACCACCACCGCAACAACAACCACCGUACCACCAACCUGCUACUCAUGAAGAAAUCCGUACACUUUGGAUUGGUGAUUUACCUUAUUGGGCUGAUGAAUCUUAUCUCCAUUCUUGGUUUGCUCCCACUAAUGAGGUCCUUUCAAUAAAGGUAAUUCGUAACAAGGCAACCGGGCUACCAGAAGGUUAUGGUUUUGUGGAGUUUGGCUCACACUCGACUGCAGAAAGGGUUCUGCAAACAUACAAUGGAACACAAGUUCCAAAUACCGAAUUAACUUUUAGGUUAAAUUGGGCAUCUUCCGGGAUUGGAGAAAGACGUCCGGAUGCUGGUCCUGAGCAUUCUAUUUUUGUUGGCGAUUUAGCACCCGAUGUUACUGAUCAUUUGUUACAAGAAACUUUUAGGACACAAUAUCCAUCUGUCAGAGGAGCCAAAGUUGUGACUGAUCCUAACACAGGACGUUCAAAGGGAUAUGGUUUUGUUAAAUUUGCAGACGAGAUGGAAAGAAACCGUGCUAUGACUGAGAUGAACGGAAUUUAUUGUUCUACCAGACCCAUGCGAAUCAGUGCAGCAACACCAAAGAAGACCACUGUCUUCCAACAGCAAUAUGUUGCACCAAAAGGCUUAUAUCCAGCAGCAAUAGCUGCAAUUCCCGUGGACAAUGAUUUAACUAACACAACGGUUUAUAUUGGCAAUCUUGACCAUGCUAUCACUGAAGAGGAAUUGAGGCAGUAUUUCUUGCAGUUUGGGGAAAUUGUCUAUGUCAAGAUCCCUGUAGCCAAAGGGUGUGGUUUUGUACAAUUUACAGCCAGGACAUCGGCUGAAGAAGCAAUACAAAGGAUGCAUGGAACCCAGAUUGGUCAACUUAUAGUACACCUUUCUUGGGGCAAGAGCCAAGCUGCUAAGCAGGACCUAUCUGGUGUCUGGAAUGCACAAGUAGAUCCAACUCAAUGGGGAAGCGCAUACUAUGCUUAUGGUCAAGGUUAUGAUGCCUAUGCUUAUGGAGCGACUCAAGAUCCAUCACUGUAUGCAUAUGGAGCUUAUGGUGGAUAUAUGCAAUAUCCUCAACAGGGUGAAGCUGGUCAGGAUAUGGGUGCAGUGGCAGGUGUUGCACUGCCUGUUGAACAGAGGGAGGAAAUAUAUGAUCCCUUGGCCACACCAGAUGUUGACAAGUUAAAUUCUGCCUAUCUUGCUACGCAUGCAAGGGCGAUCUUGGGCCUUCCCAUGUGGCAAAAAACAUCAUUACAAGCGUAGCUACCAACACCGAGGACAUUGUAAUGAUAUGCUUGCCUGUGCUCGAUCUACCUUUAAAUAUAGAUGCAGAAAAAUGAUCAUUUUUAACAGAAGAACCCGGGCUACUUGCUAGUUUGAAGUGUUGGUAUUAGGAGAUGCUAAACUUUUGUAUUCAGAAUUGUAGAUUCCAGCCAAUUUAAUCAAGUGCGUUAAUUUUAUUUUA